AUGGUAAAAAUCGCGAAGAUCGGAGCGGCCAGCGCUGUCAUUCUCCCUCUGAUGGGGGGGGGGGUUCUCGCGGCCCAGAAGAAGAAGCUGGCGACUCAUUUUUGGGCCGGAAGCGAAUCCGAGCCGACUGGGCUGAUGGAAGUAGACCGCGUCGACAAGAAGCAGUCGACGAAAGAGCAGGAACCGCUUGCGAAGAAAACGCUCGGCUCUUCGCAAGAAGUAGAAGAUGCAGAAAAUAAAUAUCGGCAGCGUUGCCAAUCUGUCUGCACGGCCAUCCACGGCUACGAAUCAUCUCUUGAGGACCCGAAGGAUCCAAGAGGUGUACGGAAUCGGUGCGUCUGUUCGAUCGAUGUCAACAAACUGCCAGAAUCGGUACUGGCAUUUCCACAAUGAAUUUGAGGAAACCCGCUUAUGAAAGCCACUUAAGAAACCUACUCGUGAAUCCGCUACAACUGUAUGAUGAAUGUCGAGUUGAACAAUAAAUACUUAAAUGGGACCAGCAUGACUUACUCUUGCUCGACCUCAACAACUGGAAAAAUGCUUUCCAAAGUAUCUAUACGUAUUCAGACAAGAGGUGUGCCACUUUCUCGCGUAUCUACAAACAAUCAAGCACACUACACUUUCUACACAGACAGCAUUGGAUUUAUUAUUAUUUUGUAUACAGACAACAUUAUUUUUAUUUCGUACACAGACAUACACUUUGUACACAGAGGAUAUGCACGCAAGACCAGGAGCUGCUAGUGCAGAAGGCGCACACGCAAGCUAAGUACAAUUGAUGCCCCUGCCCCCCCCUCUGGUUGGCUUUUGUCGACGAUCGACGCGUGUGCAUUAAGUACGAUCCUCCUUCAACAAUUACACAACUCACACUCAGGUAGAAAAAAGUUCAGUAAUUCCAAAACUUCGACAUGUAUUUUUAGGAUACCAGAAAAGUAGCAAAUCGCGCUCAUUUCAAUGCUUCAUCAUAGUAAGUAUUUCAGUAUAGUAGCACAACUUUCCCAAGCCCAUUCCCAUUGGCAUUGUUAAACGCCUACCCUUUUCAUUUUAAUUUUUGCGACAUGGAAAAAAAUGUUCUCCGAUUCACUCUCAACCCCACUCAGACAAAAGUUUCGAAUUUCGCUAAUGAAGAGCAGUGUGCUCCUUUUUUUUUCUUUCCUUCUUUGUUGGUGAGUCGCAGAAUCUUGAGUGGUGCAGCUGGAACUCAAGACCAAAGUAAGGGCUCGUGAAGAAUAUUGCGGUGAAGUACUAUAUUGCGUAUGCGUUUGCGUUUCGCUAUCUUUCGUAGAGCUUUCAGCGCAGUAUUUUUUUGAUUCGAAUUUAGCAAGAAAUAGAAACCGCGAAAGGAAAGAAAAUGGAGAGCAUGGCCACAACAACUAGAGCAAGGCACUCUCGUCCUUCUGGCAUUCUUGCCAAAUCAAAUACGACGUUGCGAUGGACCACGCGAUUUUUCUGAACUUUUUGUCGAGCUACGAAUUGGAGUCAACAUCAG